AUGGUUGUGGGUGAGUGGGUUUUAGAUUCCAAUUGUGGUGUUGGUAUAAAUAUUAUGGUGAUGCGUUGGUUUGUUUCUUUUAUUUUUCUGUUUGCAAGUGUGUUGAUUAUUGUACAGUCUCUUUGUUUUGCUGAUUGUUUUGUGGUAUUGUUUUUGUAUGUUGCCAGGCGUACACUGUGUUUUUGGUGUAUUUUGGUGUUCAAACUGCCUGGUAAUGAUUUUAUUAUAAUGAGAANCCGUCGUGAUUUGUGUUUUCUACAUGUACUGGUAGUGGUUGCGCUUUUGUUUGCGGCACCGCGCGUCACGCUCUGGCUGUGGGCCUCUGCCUCCCUUUGGGUGGGUUGGGGUGGCCGCAGUGGGCGGGGUUUUAGGCCAAGAUGCCCUUAG